UAGUAGGCUGAUUUCUAAAUCACAAGCCAGUUUGAUAUAAACAAAUCUUGGAGACAUGGCCAAACCGUUUUCUUUGACCGAGGAGAAGCUAGAUGACCUAUUUGUGCAGGAGGUUGUCAGUGUGGUUAAACUGGUGGACAUGUUGCCCGAUAAAGAUAACAUUGUGCCCACAUGCACCCGAUGGCUCAACAUCUUCCAGCAGUCGACGCCGAAGGAACGCUUUUCCAGAAACUAUAUGCUACUGCUCCUUCAUAAACAACUCAAUGAUCACAAAUCUUUGGGCUAUCCAUUUACGUGGCCGGGCAGUUUCCAGAUGGAUUUGCGCACUCUUCACCAAAUGAGCCUAAAACCGAAUCCCGCAAACGGAAAAGAUGUUGUAGACUGCAAAUGUGAUGAAAGUUUGAAUGAGGAGGAACUGUCUUCUUUUAGUUCAUGCGAGAAUAUAGUGGAGGCCAAUCGUAGGUUGGUCAAAGAAAACACUGCACUGUCCAAGGAGUCGAAGGAGCUUCAAUGUCUGAUCGAUAAGUUGCAGGUGAAACAAGCGGCGGACAAACAUGCCAUUAAAAGGAUAAAUGAUGAGAUUUACAUGCUGGACAAGGAGAACCGAUAUAUGAAGCGAAUUUUCGCCUGCUCCUCAAUCACAGCCCUAAAAAAGCUAUGCAAUGGACAGGAUCCGGGGAUGUUUUUCGACACCAUGUUCAGGGUUCUCUGCGAAGACGUAUCCGACCAUCAGCAGGUUCAGCACUUUAACGAACUCUUCAAAAUUUUGCUGCAUGCCCACAUGGAUCACUACCGGCGGCAGCAGCGUGCUCCUCUGAUGGAGGAGGCAAGCCAAAGUUUCGACAAUCUGAAGGCCAAGGUGAGCAAGAGAUACAAAAAUGUGUUGGGCAUGAAAUUGGAUGCCGAAAGCCACGAGCUCACCCUCAGUGCCAUGAGAUACCUGACCGUCCUGCGGAAACUGUUCUAUGCCACCUUUGAGGGCAAAGCUAGCACCAAGAAGGCUGCACUCAAGUUCCUGCAGCACAACUACGAGCUUAUGAGCGAGAUGUUGUAGGAUGGAUUCACUCACCUGGGAAUCAGCCGUUCGCAUUGCAGAAUGUGCUCCAAAUUCAGGACUUGAUCUACAAUUUUAAAG